AUGGUAAAGAACGAUAUCUUUCCCAUCCUAGAUGUUUCAUGUCUCACAGAUAAUUACACUGCAGCCAGUGAUUGGGAAGGUGCAAAGCUUCAGCAUGAUGUACAAGUGAAGAAUCUUGUUGAAGAGUUAUCAAAUGGUUUUAGUACCUGGGGAUUUCUCUACGUGAAAGGGCAUGGUAUACCACAAAAUCUCAUUGAUAGUGCAUUUAAAAUGUCGGAAAAGUUUUUUAAACAGGAGAAGGAGACAAAGAUGAGUUAUCAAAGAGGUCCUGGAAUAAGUGAAAGAUAUGUUCCCAUAAAAGGUGAAGUGCUUGAUGAAAUGAAACCGGAAGAUAUAAAGGAAGCUUUUGACUUUUUGCCUAAUUCUGAUGUCACUAAGAAGUUGUCAAGGGUAAUGCCAGAAGUUGUUACUGAAUUGAGCGAGUUAUUUGAACAUUGUUCAACAUUGCUAUACAAAUUACUGAGGUUGCUUGCAGUUGCACUUGGAAUAGACACGGAGACUUUUGUGAAUCUACAUACAAAUGUUGGUAAUCGCAGUUUAAAUGGAACUUCACUGCGAACAUUGUUUUAUCCUCAAAUCAAUGGAUCAACAGAGGUAAAUCAAAGUCGUUGCAGUGAGCAUACAGAUUAUGGAACAUUAACUUUACUUUUUCAAGAUAAUAUUGGUGGUUUAGAGGUAUGUCAAUAUUGCUUGCUACAUUUCAUAAAUUGUAAUAUGCGUUUUUAAUUUUUAUA